UAGUAGCUCUGUCAUCAUCGAGAAGAGCUCCACCAUUUACCUGUGAAAAUGACCUUCGUUCUGAGAAGGAGCCUGUUGGGUAAAAGCAUGCGCCGUGCAGUCGGCAUGGCUGUUUGUGGGGUCACAAAGAUGACCCUACCCAAGACAAACAGUCACAGACUGCUGCACGUAGGUGAGCGGGCCUCACUGACCAAGGCUUUCACAGCCAGAGACGUCGCACUUUUUGCAGAGCUGACCGGAGACACUAAUCCGCUUCAUCUCGACCCGGAGUUCGCCAAGACGACAUCUUUCGAAACUCCCAUUGUUCACGGCGUGUUGAUUAACGGCCUCAUCUCAGCAGUUCUGGGCACUAAAAUGCCCGGCACGGGCUGCGUCUUUCUCUACCAGGAAAUUCGCUUCCCGGCACCAUUGUACAUCGGUGAAGAGGUGGUAGCCGAGGCUGAGGUGAAAAAGAUCAAAAUGUCGUUUGCCUUCAUUUCCGUUUCCUGUUCAGUCAAAGACAAAGUGGUUAUGGAGGGAGAAGUGAUGGUCAUGAUGCCAGAGCACUCCCAAGGACCUUGAAGAGGGCUAAAGGACAUUUUGAAAGGACGUAUAUGAAACUUUCAUUUGGGACUUUAAUUUCUUCAUUUGAGCACCAAAUUCUAUAAAUUGCCUGUUAUGGAAGUUAGAGAGCUGUUUUGUUUCCUUAUCAGAGAUACAAAUGAUUUAUUUAGAAACCAUUAUUAUUUUAUUUCCGGAGGUUUACAUGUAUCUUUAUGAAAGAAAGCCUUUGAUAAAGUGUGCAUUAUGCAAAUAUGCAGUGCUUAAAAGUAGUCUUGGGACACACUGAAAACAGUUUGUCUUGUUUAUUUAUUACUUUCCAAGACAAAUUUCACUCAUUCAUAUCCAUAAGAAAAGUUAUAAUCGGCAAUAACAACCAGGUUUACUAGCAAAAUUUCAAAAUUAUCUCAUUAAUUAUCUUAAAUAAGGCAAGUAAAAGUACUUUUUCACAUUCACUUUUACUUCACAUUUGUGGGACAAACUGACUGUCUCUUUCCUUCAUGUAUAUCAGUAUUUUGUUGUAUAUCUAUUGUAUUAGAUGACAGCUUGAGGCUUCUAGGCCUGGAGUGCAUGAGUCUGCACGACUUAUGAUCAGCCAGUUCUCUUAUGGAUGUUCAGAGCGUGACAGGUGUCUCUUUUCACAACUUCAAUACGUUUUUCAUUCUUGAUUUUCGAAUUUUCAGCAUACCUGUGAUCUCACAGAUACUUUAUUUGUCAGAGAUUUUUUUUUUUUGUUAAUUCAGCCCCAUAUUAAUUCAACUCAAUACAUGUUUUCCUAGUUUUCUAUCUGUCUUUUAGAAUGAAAUUUAGAGUGUUGGAUGGUGCGUUGGAGAUCCUCUGGUUAGAACAUAUAUGCAUUUGGAUGAGUGUCCCAGUGUUUGUUUUGAAGUAAAAUGGGGGGUUUUGGUCUAGUUUGCCAUUAUUUAGUUGGACCAAAAGUAUUGUUGCAAGUUAAAAUAUAGCUGAAAUGAUGUAUUUUUGAAUAUAAUAAAGCACAUUUUCCAGAAUCCUUCAACAAAUCAAAUCAUUCUAAGAGACAAACGAUAGUAAAAGUGUCCCAAACUACUUUUGAGUAGUGUAUAAGGAAAACCGCAAUAUAGAAACAUGAACAAAAAUAUUCAUUCUUUCAAGAAUUGGCCCAUCCUGUGAGGUGCAUGAACUCUGUCAUGAGCUGUUGGCUGUGUUAUGGAUUAAAAGCUUGCCUAGGCUUUCUGUAAAGAAAAAUGAAAGAGUAACGGAAUCCAUCACCCAACCCAAAUUCUACUUUCGAUUCACUAUAUAUCCUGGGUGCUUUUUUCUUUCACGCGUGGUUUGGCUUUGGUUGCAACCCGUAUCCAACAGUAGUGCUGUAAAACCAGCUCUGUGAAUCUCCAGUGUGUGGUUUUGGUUUAGAAGUAAUAGGCCAGUUUCCUGGUAAAAUGUGCUGCUGUGAUUUGACAUGUCUUGACACAUUAAAAUGUAUGCAGUUUAUUUUUCA